GUACUUUUAUGUGUGUGAAGUAGUAACAAAAUGACCUAAUAUUAUAGACAGAACAGUGACCUAUUUAUAAAAUUCUAGUUGGACUUGAAUUUUGGAUGUGACUGCGAUGAGUCGGACAUUUUGAGGAGAAAAGUGUGACACAGCGCCACGGGACAUUGUGAGCCUGUGACUGUUGCUGCCGAUGUGGAGUACCUAACGCCUGGCGUCUGAGUGAGCAGUGUUAUGUGUUGUGUGUGAGCUGUGAGUGAGCACACGCACGCACGUGUCGAGCACGCACGGUGAGCAGCGAGUGGGAGAGAGCUGCAGGUGAACGUUCUUUCUGCCACGUCGUAUGGUCCCUUUUACCGUGCGCGAGAUUUUUUUUAUUUGAAAGGAAGAGAAACAACUGUUGAAACAGGACCAAACGUCUUCAAAGCUUCCAAGGAGUUGACGCCAUUGUGGAAAAAAAACACACACACUCCAAAGCAAACAAAAACAGACAUACCAAAAUCAACAACAGAGUGGAUAUUGCUUCGUCAUCGCUUUGGCCAUCUGUACAUGACGCCAUAAGGACAAACGUGAGACAAUCAAUACAUGACGUCAUCAACAGUACAGACGUGAGAAAUCAAUAAAUGACGUCAUAAAUACAAGCUGAGGUUUGACUGAGUAUAUCCAGACAUCAGAGAGGUCCAACCACCACCCUCACACCAACCACCCUCCUACCACCCUCCUACCACCAACCCACCCACACACGACCUACCAGGAGUGAGGUGACAAGCCUCUAGGUGUGUGUGCGUGUGUGUGUGCACGUGAGCGGCCGGUGGUGACCCUCCCCCGCUGCGUGGCCACCCCCGCCGCCCCCCGAUGCUGGAGUACCGUCCUCUCCCUACUCCUCCCAGUUGGCCACUGCCCCCUGGCUACAAGGGUGUCUGGUGCAGGGACCUCAGCCGUGAGGGCGCGCUGGAGAUAGUGCUAAUGGCGCAACUGGAAGACAGAAUGACCCACGACUCCUCCUCCGCCUUCGUCACUCCCAGCCCGUCCCCGGAGGGCCUUCCUCCCGUCCUCCCCUCCUCCAUGCUCACCCCACAGUCCUCAUCGCCUUCCUCCUCCUCCUCCUCAUCAUCGUCAUCAUCUUCAUCUUCCUCGUCCCUGUCCUCGAAAAGCUCGCUGAGCAAUAAACGAGGCGUGAAGCGACCACGAGCUGGCGAUGGGAGGAACGAUGAUGAUGAUGAUGACGACGGCAUCAGCAGCAUCGAUGAAGGCCUCCGUCACCACCACCACAUCCUCCACCACCAUCAUCAUCAUCACUCACAUCGUCACCGUCAUCAUUUACGUGACGUUCCAGACGAUGCCAAUAACAACGUGAAGAAAGAUCGCAGAAGCCGCUACCGACUGCAAGAGCAGAAGAAGGAGGAGGAGGAGGAGGAGAUGGAAGAUGGGGAGGUAGAGAGGGAGGAGAGGGAGGAGAGGGAGGAGUCGAUGGCUGAUGACGAGAGACUGUCCAGCUCGGACCUCCUGUCUUCCACCCCAGCAGACGGCAGACGAGCCCGGGGCCAGGCACAGCAUACAGCAAGUGUAGCGGGAAACCACGCUCUCUCCGCCCUCCCCAGAAGGAGCAACAAGCCGAGACGCGCCCACCACCACGCCCACAACAACCCCGCCCACAAUAACCCCUCCCACCAUAACCCCACCCACAACAACCCCUCCCAUCCUCAGCCCCGCCCACAACCCCGCCCGCCACCUCCCACCACAACGAAACUCACCCCCAGUGCUAGACCCCCCCGGAGUCAACAAACACCAGCCCUCCUCCAACAACGACACCCUCCCCGCCCCAGAACACUCUUCUUCUUU